AUCCUUCGCAUCCUAGUGAAGGUCACUUCACAUCGCGAUUGCUCUAUAGCUAUCUUUAACUAUAACUUAUGCUAUAUUCCGCUAUCCUUUCUUAUCCAUAGUGCGUUUGAAGAAGUGCUUCAAAAUGGCGUCCGUAUCUGUCUUUCUGAUGAGCGUUUUGGGAGCUGUACUGCUGAUAAACUUCAAUACAAACUCGGUUCAAUCAAGAGAGAUUAAUAUUAAAGAAGUUACACAAAGAGUGCGAAGAUCAGAAGAAUGUGAUGCGGAGGACGAGUACAAUUCCAAUGUGCUUUGCUGUGCUGGGACUCGAUACACGUUGACUUUCGAGCACUCCAGGUGUUGUGGUAAAAGUGCCUAUAACCCCAUAACAAGCAUAUGCUGUGGCGGAGUUGUGCAGUGGAAUCUACGAUCUCAAUCACGAUGCUGCGGUAGAAAGCCAUACAACCCAAUGAUUUAUGACUGCUGUGGCGGGAGAUUGAUUAGACGAUCGCAUAACAAUGCUAAUGGCUGCUGUAACGGGACACCCUACGACCCGAGGCAUUUCACUUGUUGUCAAGGUAAAGUUUCUUGGAGACGAGGAACWGGCUGGUGCUGUGGUAAACGAGUAUUUGACGGAGAUAGCUACAUCUGCUGUAACGAGAUACUAUACCCACGGAAUUCACGCCACGAGAGGUGCUGCGGAAAACGCUCCUAUAACCCGGAAUACUAUAUGUGUUGUGAAGGAAAAGUAACAUGGAAACCUGGUGAAGGUCAAGAUUAUUAUUGCUGCGGACCAACAGCGUAUGACCCACGGUUCUAUCAGUGUUGCAGCGGUUACGUACAAUGGAGAUCGGGUUAUUGUUCUUAGGRGAAGAACCAUUUGAAAUGUGAACGGGUUCAGGAAUGUACAAUGUAUGGGGGAUGUGGGUAGGCUAGAAAAUCCAAGCUCCAAAGCAUGCUUUAAAUCUACCCAUGAAAGCAAAAUUUCGAAAAACUACAUAAAAAGCGUGCAUAAUCCAUGUGAGAGACGAGAAAAAAAGAAUAAUCUUCCCCUCACUUUUCUAAUGGUUGAUCCCUGAGAUGUUUACUUGCGAGAGAGCGGACACUCGUUCAUAACGAUUUUUUGGAUCUUAAGGGGAUAAUUUGUAUUUAUUUUAUUUUGGAGGUGACAUGCAUUUUAAUGCAUUUUAAUGUUUAAAAACAUCAAUACUAUACAUAUAUCGAUUUUUCAAUUUAUAAGAGCAGAGUUUCACCAAUAAGUCAAUCAAUGGGUCAGUCAAUCAACUAAUCAAUCMAUCAUUCUAUCAAUCACUUAUUCAAUCAAUUAAACAAUCAAUAAACGAGUCAAAUCCUGCGAUAAUUGUUAAAUGUUUUUCUAAAACUCUACUUAUACGAAUAAACCAGUCWAUCAAUCAA